UCGUAAUAUUAAUGUACGUAGCAUGUUGUCAUGUUAAAACAUGCAUAUACCCAUGUCUCUACAUGCUCUACGUAACAAUGUCCAACAAUGAAGAGAAUAAUUACAGAGUGUAACUGGUGGUUCUCUGUGUUUGUGUAUAGGUUUGGUUUUAAGUGAAGUCCAGCUAAAGAUCAAUGGCUGAGGUACAGAUCCGCUGCUAUGAGGAUAAUGAUGAAAAAGACAUCAAAGAAAUCUUCACUCUUGGUCUGCAUGGACUGUUGAGGUCCUUCUGCAUGCAUGUGCUGAAGCAGCUGCACAUUCAGGUGCUGCUGGUGUGUGUGUUUUGUGCUCUGCUGGCCAGCACCAAGUCCCUUCUUCUGCCCAUACUGGCAGUUACUCUCCUUCUGGCUGUAGGCCGACAGGGAGUUUGCCACAUAAUCAACAGUUACAUUAAGAACAGUUUGCAUAACGACUUCAGAAACAUCCGUCAGACCUACCUGGAGAAGCCCUACUCCUGCUUCUGGGUGGCUGAGAGCCAGGGUCGGGUGGUGGGCACAGUGGCAUGUCGCCCCAUGGAAAUGAACGGGGGCUCUCUGGAGCUCAGGCGGGUGUCUGUGAGGCUCUCCCACAGGGGUCAGGGCAUCGGUAAAGCACUGUGUCGUGCUGUGGAGGACUUUGCCAGAAAACAGGGCCUUCCUGCUGUGGUGCUUUACACUUCAGUUGUCCAGACAGAUGCUCAGAAGCUGUUUGAGAGGAUGGGUUACAAGAAGAUAAGAGAGUUUGCUUCAUCAGAGCUAUACUCUUGGAUCACCAAAUUCAUGGUGAUCAAGUACAUGCUUGAUUUGCAGCAGCCUGGAAACUAGACAUUUCUGAGAAUGAUCACCAUAAUUAAAACUACAAGUGUGGAUACUGAGAAUUUAACUAUUGUAUAAUGAAGUAUUAAUAUUGCAGCUUAAAAGACAAUUAUAACUCAAGGAAUUCAAGUUUAGUCAUUCACAGUCAAUUUAUGUGGAAAGUUAACUCAACCCAAUUUAAACUCUUUAAACAGUCUUCAAAUAAUGAUCCUAAUACUUCUGUAGUAUAAUUUUGUUUUAAAUACUGUUAAACCUUUUUCAACACUGGUCAUUCUCAUAGUGAGUUCAAGCAAUGCCUCAUAGAGUGUGCCAGAUGGAUGUGAAACUCCAUUUUCAAAGUUUUACAGGCAUUUUACACUUGAUCCACAGUUUCUUGUGUGUAUGUCAUAAACUUCAUUACUACCCACAGUGGACAGCAUGGUGGGUGUUAAUGAUUGUGAGAUUGCAGUAUCUGGCUUCUGCGCUCAGGAAACUUAGCAUGAAUUAAGCAAAGGCAAUUUCAAUCUGUUCACCCCAUCUAGUGCCCAAAUGAAGUAAAACACCCUGCAGAGUUCAGUUUCAGCUCAUCAGCCAUCCACGCCUUAUCCACCAUAUCAGGUUAUGGUUGGGAAUAAGCUUUGUAAUUAACAUGUAUGUACAUAUAUGUUAUGUGUUAAUUCUAUAUGGCAUAAUGUUGCCCUCAAGCAACACACCAGAUUUUUUUAUUACACCACACCAUACCAUACUGUACAUUUUUUCUUUCAAUGUGUUUUUUUUUGUUUAUUUAGUUUUAUUACAAUGUUUCAAGACCUAUCAAUGCCCAAUACAAUGAGAUGUACAAGUCUGUUAUAAAUAAAAAAAAUGUA